CAGUGCCAGUUCAUAACUGUCACUUCAGAUAAUUUACUCUCAAUAAAAUUGGUUUCGUUUAAUCAGUAAUUAGUUAAUAACGCUUUAAGAGGAAAACCCUUCAGUGCAUAAAGAAUUUGAGUGGAAACUUGGAAAAAUGUGUUUUAAGCUAUUGCAAACAUUACCUUCUCACAGGAAGGAGACAUUAUGACCAGUAGCAAGUGGUCGUUGUUUAUAGUUAUUCUUUAGGAAAUGUAAUCGAAUACUCAAAUAUCACGUAGCAGUCGGCCAAUACGGAUUGUUUGGAUGAUUUAGCGACAACAUCCCGAUGUCAUAAGAGAAGAUGUCAGCAGUGCACUGUGUAGUGGUGUGGGAGUGGCAGUGCAAUGGACAGUGGCUGCCGCACACUCCCGGCGUCACUCGGACACUGGAGCGAGCACAUGCCAAAAAACUGACAAGGGUGGUGCUCGCUGAUGCUGAUCCCGCACUCAGAGGACAUUACGUGAACCUCAGAACACUUACACAGUGUCUAGAUACACCAGAGGGUGGGAGUGCAGAAUGUCACGUGCGUCGGUCGUGCUACGGCGUGACGUCGCCCGCCGGCCGCGGCCUGCGCUGGGAGUGGGCGCCCUUCGUGUCGCCGCCGCUCGGGGGAGAGCUCAACUAUGAACCGUUGCCUAUGGAGGUGCAGUGCCUGCUGGAGGAGGCGCGGGCGCGGGGCGCGGAGUCGGCGGCGUUCGAGGGCUGGGUGGCGUCGCUGCCGCGCAUGACGGCGCGCGGGCCCGGCCUCGCGCUGCUGCGCCGCGCCGCCACCCCGCCCUACCCGCGGGCGAGGCUGCCGCCGCCGCACCCGCCGCCGCCGCCUGAACGACAGCCUAUAGACGGUCGUCGCCCUCACAUUCCGCAGCAGCACACGGGCUCCAGCGUGCACUCGGUACAGUCCGUGCAGUCGAGCCACUCCGCGCAGUCGGCCCAGUCGAGCCAGUCAGCGGGCCCGGCGCCCGCCAGCACCACCAUGCCGCGGCAGGGCGCCCGCAGUGCCUCGCCGCGGGACAGGAAGCCUGGCCUUGCUAGACAGAUAUUGCAUAACUUGAAUAUUUUUGGUCACAACAACAAGCAGUCCCCCCCAGCGGCCAGCAGCGCGCACAGCGAGGAGCUGUCGGAGGAGCAGCGCCACACCGACACCGAGUGCAGCAGCACGCGCUCGGGCCGCCGGCACAGCGUCGACACCGUGUCCACGUACCUCAGCCACGAGAGCAAGGAGAGCUUGCAGCAAGCGUCAGUAGGCGAGCUGCUGAACUGCAGCGGCAGCAGCGACGACGUGUUCGAGCCUGCGCCGCCGCCAGACCUGCCCGCUAACGAUGGCACCAUUGUCGGCGUGGACGCCGACGCGGCCGCCGUGUGCGUGUGGGUGCGCGCGGCGCCGUGCCCGCAGUGGGGCGCGCUGUGCCCCGCCUGCAUGGCGCCGCUCGACGCCUGCGCCGCGCCGGCCGUGGCGCUGGCGCACUGCCAGCACCUGCUGCACCUGCACUGCCUCAACGCGCAGCUGGAGCGCCAGCGCGCCGCCGCCGUGCCGCUGCACAUCGAGUGCCUCGUGUGCGGCCGCCGCUACGGCCGCGCCGCGCCGCCGCCCGCGCCCGCCCAGCCGCGCGGCAGCAUGGCCUGGGCGCUGCAGCCCGCCGCGCUGCCGCAGCACCCGCACACCACCUCCUCCAUACUCGUCACAUACAACUUCCAGUCAGGGCGACAGGGUCCGCAGCACCCAGAGCCGGGCGCUCCAUACUACGCGGUGGGCUUCCCGCGACACUCGCUGCUGCCCGACACACAACUCGGUCGACAGGUGCUGUCGGCGCUGCGCGCGGCGUGGGAGCGCGGGCUGCUGUUCGCGCUGAGCACGUCGCAGACCACGGGGCGCGAGCACGUGGUGGCGUGGCGCGUGCCGCCGCCGCCCUCCGCGCCGCAGCACUACGCGCCGCCCGCACACCCCGAGCGCCUGCUGCGCCACUCGCUCGCACGACUCACGGCGCUUCUGCCACACCAGGAUUGAGCCGCCCUGCCCCCGCCUCCCGACACUACGUGCCACCCUCCCACCCUGAUCGAAGCCUCAUAAGCCUAUGUAAGUCUUCUUGCUAACAAUACAAAACGUAGUAUAUCGUGACAAGCUCGUUAGAGACACUCCUGGUCCACGCGGGGAACGGCAUGUAGGCAGCGGUGGUGAUGGUAUGAGCGUUACUGGGUCAUCUGACAGGACUGUCAGUGAUAGGUCAUCACCAUGCACCCGAUUUUAUUCUUUAAUUUCAAGUUAAAUAUUUUGCAAUUCAAACAUCAUUCCCCAGUAGUAGGGCAGAAAGAAAUAUUAUGUAUGAAGUGUGAAGCCAUUUCAUAUUGAAUGUAUUGUAUUAACCAGUUUUAGCUAAUUCAAUACGUAUGUGAGUACAGUUCUAAGGUUGUAGAUGAGAUUAUGAAUAUUUUCAAUAUGACAUUUUUGUCAUCACUUCACAUUGAAAUUAGUUUCAUGAAGGAACUGUGAACAACCCUUUGUAACGUCCUGCUUGCGUAUUGAAUGCACACGAAAUUAAAUACUCCCUAACGAACGAACGAAUGGAAUUGACUGAAUACGGAAUUGAUAUACGUAAAUACAUUAUUUUUAUAAGCUUAUUAUACAAACGAAUAUUUAAGUCCCCGAGACCACUGUUAUUCAAAUGCUACAAACAUUUGAAAUCGACUUGAAUAUAGAGCCAUGACAACGAAAGCUAGUAUAUUAGAGAUAGUAUUGUUAUAGUUAUGACAUAGUUAUAUUUACAUACAUCUAUAAUAUUUUACCCAUUUUGUGGGUAGGAUAUAUCUCAGACAAUCUGUCUUCCAGAUAAUGUAAUGUGUCUUCCUAUUUAUGUAUUAUUCCUAAGAGACUGAUAUGUAUUAUAUCUCUAUGUUAUACAAGUAUUAUAUUAGGUUAUAUAAAUAUAUCGACAAAUGGGUAUUAAUCAUGUUCAUACAUAAGACAUAUGCAUUUAUUGUACCUUAUAUCACAAUAUUGUUGUUUAAUUUAUGCCCAUUGCCUAAGAACAUACGCCAUCGUAUUAGGCAUUUUAUCAAUAAGCUUUUAGUUAUUCAAAUAUAGUUUAAGUUUUUGGUCAAUUCUAAAAUGAUACUCAAAAGUGGAUCUUAAAACUAUAUGUUAAAGCAUAUAUUUAAAAGCUUUUGAGGGAGUUUUCAAUAUAGAUCUACCCUUGAGUAUUGUUUUAGAACGUAGACAUGAAAGUCUUGCCAGUUAGAUGGAUAUUAGUUAUUGCCACACGUGUGAAGAUGGCGCUAGUAUCGCUCGGCUCAUUCAGCUCGUCUGUACACUAUGAAAGAAGAAUAUUUCAAUACAUACAUUUUCAAACAUCGUUAAUGAAGGCUGAGUAACCAUGUCACUGUAAUUUAUUUGGUUAUUUAUGACAGAAAGAUUUUGAAAUGAAGUAAUGAAGUGAUAUAUCGACUGCAAGCAAGCAAUACCUCCUAUCUGACAUUUUUGUUACAAAAAACUCGUAUCUACUAUUAACUACCCUUAUACUCAAAAUAAAAAGAAAAAAACUUUAUUAAUCGAUACUAUCCGUAAAAAAAGAAAACUUCGAUUUUCAGUAUCUCAUUAUACCUUGGAAUAAGGAUAUUAUUAAGUUUUAUUGUUCCCCUUUAAAAUCCACCCGGAGUCAGAUAGGAGGUAUUGCUUGCUUGCAGUCGAUAUUACAAAUGAUAUAGUAUUCGAAUUUAGAUAUAUAUCUAUAUGUAUAAAGUCAGGAAUGAGGACAAUAGCGCCAUCUAGGAUCACGACGCUCAAUCUCCACUGUGCCUUAGUAGAUUAGACAAGAAUUCCAUAGUUUUUAGAUAACUGCUUUAGGAAUAUUUAGUAGAUUGUUCGAAUGCCGCAUAUUACCUUUCCAAACUGAAUUUAGUAUUUUGUUAUCAUUGGCAACUAUUUUUAAAACAUUUGAUUAUUUGUGUAUAAGUAAUAAGUUAAUAUGCAUUUAAAUGUUAUUCUAAAAUAACAUAGUAGUUGUUGAGUUGAUAAGUUUUCCAAUGUAAACGCAAUAGUUUUAUGUUAAUUUACUCGAAUAUUGUCUAUAGUGUAGUACAUAAUUAUAAAUAUUGAUUAAUGUAAUAUGUCUUCCGAUGUAACAUUCUUCCAAUAAGCUUUACUAUUAUAGUUAGUUUUAGACAUCCAGCUAUUAUUUACAAAUAUUAUGUUUAGAUAGAAUGCUUUAUGCCAGUUAAUAAGGCUUGUAAAAUCAAUUUAACAUUAUAAUUUAUGUUCGACCAGGUAUUUACACAAAAAGUUUUAAUUAAAAAGAUUAUAAAACUAGCCGUUUUCCAGCGGUUUCACCCGCGACUCCUGGGAACUACUGUUACUCGGGAAGAGUGUAGUGACCAACAGUGAAAGAAUUUUUUGAAUGGGUUCACUAGUGUUGAAACAAAUAAUGUUUCCUCUUCAUUAUAUUAGUAUAGAUUAAAAAGACAUAGUAAUACAUUCCUUAAAAAUGCUCGGAACUAUAAAGUUAAUUUAAUUAAUUCCUAGUAAAAAAAAAGUUGUUUCUCAUAUUUUCGAACAAAUAAUGAUAUUGUCAUCAUCUCUUAUAUAAUUUGUUGGUUCGAUGCAAUAUCGUUGAGUAAAUACUGGUUGUCUGUGAGCUGAGGCUGCGCCCGCGCCGCCCGACGCGACUGCUUGCCAAAGUUCAACACUCGCGCAAUCUUCGUGCUUACGUGUUGUGUUUACAUUGAUAGCGAGAGAUAUUAUACUGUUUAUUUUUAAAUAUACUUAUUUAUAAACAAA